UCGUGAGGGAGAGAGUUGCGAACUCAUGAAGUUUUAGCAUUCAACCUGAUACAUGAUGAUUCAUUAGCUUCAUUGAGUGUUGGUUCUGCUGUCACUAUUGUUCCUCACGUUUUCCCUUUUGAGGAGAGGCAGAGACAGUCCACAGAGUGUAACUUAUAGGUUUGGCACACUUUUGCUUGACUUGUCAGUGGAAAUCAUAUUCCUGCAACCCAUUUAAAGCAUAAAGAUACUUGCAAGAGUGAUUAUGGAAAAACAGGUUUAUGCACGACAUUCUUGCAGGACAAAAUACUUGGCACAUGUGAACACCUUAUUAACAGAUGUGUAAAAGACAUUCAUUCAAACCACUCCUUUUGCAUGGCUAUUGUCCAUUGACACGAAUAUCAAAAUGUGUAGGAAGCUAGUUUUACAAUUGUGUAAUACAUGGUUAGAGAGGAGGGGUGGGUUUGAAGUUAGGUCUAUCUUUAUUCCAUUCACCAAAUUAGAUGUUUGCUUAGGUUUAGGGGUUAGGGUUAAUGGAGAGAUGUUUAAGUUGUUCAAAGAGGAAGUUGAUUGUCAUACUAGGAGACUCUUUGACACAAAUGAUGUAAGUGUAGACAAUGUUUAUGAACAACUUCAAAACUAUAUAAAAGGGGGUGAAGUGGCUGAUGUUUGUAGGUUAUAUUUAUUGUUAGGCUUGAGUGAGUUUUUGUUUUCAAAUAGAGGUGGAAAAGUUCAUUUAGGUUUAUUUGAAUUAUUAGAUGAUUUAUCAUGUAUUGGAAAGUAUAAUUGGGGGGGUGUUAUUUAUGAGUAUUUGGUUUGUAGUUUGUGUGAUGCUGCAUUGUGUGUAGGGAACACACAAAAAAGAUCACACUGUCAUGUGGAUGGUUGUAUAUUUGCAUUACAGAUCUGGGCAAUGGAACAUGUGCUAUUUGGUCAAAAUAAGUUGGCUAAAACAAGAACUUGUAUACCUAGAAUCCUUCAUUGGAUGCAUGUUAGAGUUGGUGAAGCAGAAGUUGAAAAAGCCUUUUCCUCUAAUGAAGUGAUUACUGAGGUAUAUGUAAGCAAAGAAGAGAUGUACAUUGAAAUAGUUAAAGAAGCUAUAGAUGGUGAUAAUAAUAUUAGAGUGAAGGACAACUUGCAUAGGCGAUCGAUUGCUGAUAUUGUGGCUGAAAAUGAAGCUCUGCGUACUAUUAUUGUUGACCAAGAGGUCUCAAUUGCCAAGCUUGAGAAAGAGGUAGAGAAGCUACAAAUGAUUCGUGCAAAGAAGAGGCAACCAAAGGUUUAUGAUGACAGAACUCCAAUUAAGAACUCAAAUUCUAAGGGAGAUUAUAAGUUAGAUGAAGAAUUUCGGGGCACAAUUUUACAUAAAGAUAAUGAGAUAGUACUUUACAGUGGUUGGAAGUCAAACUCAGAAAAAGGUGAUGAUGUUGGGAAUAUUGACAUUGAAAAAGAUGGUGAUGAUUUAGUUCAUGAAGAAAUUGUUAUUAAAAACUCUGACAUGUACACACGUUUAAAGGCUCAACCUAGGAAGCGUGUGAAAAGCGUUUCUUUGAAAACCCCUUGGACAAAAUUAGAUAGGAAAAAACGUAGGUGCAUUGAAUAGAUCAU